CCAACCUGUGCUCCCCUGUUCGAGCGAAGAACGAAAGCGACACACGCCGUUCAUAUAAAUCCGCGCCGUCGCCACGGAAUCUCGCAAAAAGAAAUAAAAAAAAGCUCGCAAAAUUUCUACUCGGAGAAGAGGGUCCCCUUUGCCUUCUCCGAGGGAUCUCCUCGCCCGGCCGGCGGCGAUGGCGGCCGCCGCGCCGUUGCCGGUGGCCGUAGCGGGGUGGUGGGAUCUCGUGAACGGCUCGACGGCGUGGCAGGACGGGAUCUUCUUCUCCCUCGCCGUUCUCUACGGCCUCAUCGCCGCCUCCUCCUUCAUUCAAGUUGUCAGGAUACGAUACAGAGUUCCUGAAUAUGGAUGGACAACACAAAAGGUCUUUCAGUUACUUAAUUUCAUUGUGAAUGGAGCGAGGUGUUCUAUCUUUGCAUUCCGCCGCCAAGUCCAACAAGUGAACCCUGAGAUCUUCCAGCAUGUUAUUCUUGAUCUUCCGGGGCUUGCAUUCUUCACAACGUAUGCAAUGUUGGCACUUUUCUGGGCUGAGAUAUCUUAUCAAGCACGUGGUUUAGAGACUGAAGGGCUUAGAUCAGGUUUCUACACUAUUAAUGGUGUAAUAUAUGCGAUACAGAUUCUGCUGUGGUUGUUGUUGUGGUAUAAUCCAAACCCAUCUAUGAUAGUCCUCUCGAAGUUAUUCAUUGCAGGCCUGUCCUUUUCUGCAGCCUUGGGUUUUCUGCUAUAUGGAGGGAGGCUUUUCUUCAUGCUGAAACGUUUCCCUAUUGAGUCAAAAGGGAGGCAGAAAAAGCUGAGGGAAGUUGGCAGAGUUGCCACUAUAUGCUUCUUUUGUUUCUUGGCACGCUGCAUUAUGAUGUGUUCUAAUGCAUUUGACAAAGAAGCUGACCUUGAUGUGCUUGACCAUCCAAUCCUUAGUUUCAUCUAUUACCUGAUCGUGGAAAUUGUUCCUUCAUCUCUUGUCCUGUACAUUCUGAGGAGAAUCCCUUCUAAGCUGCGGCUCGCCCAGUAUCAUCCCCUCAGCAGUGGCUAGUGACA